AUGGCGACUUCAGGCUCUGUGACUCUGGAGGCCCCCUUUGAAUCAUCGAAGCCUCCCGUCAUUGAGGGGUAGCCCACUGUUUACAGCAAUCCAGAGGGUUUCAAGGAAAAGUUCCUUUGCAAGACGUGCCAGAAUACAGUGGUACCCAUAGGUUGCCUGGGCACGGCGGCCGCCCUCACCAAAGGCCUCUACUGCUUCCACCAGGGCAACAGCCACUGCUGACAGCUCAAGAUGCGUGUCCGGAUCGCCGCCCAGGGCUUCACCGUCGCAGCCAUCUUGCUGGGUCUAGCUGCCACUAUGAAGUCUCGACCCUGA